AUGGAGAAGAGCAGGAUCCUCAUCAUUGGUGGCACAGGCCAUAUUGGCAAGCAUAUUGUUACUGCAAGCGUCCGGCUUGGCCACCCAACUGUUGUCCUCACCAGGGAUUCUGCACCAUCUGACCCAGCUAAGGCGCAGCUCAUCAAAAGCUUUGCCGAUUCGGUGCUGCUCUCAUCAAGUAGAAUAACUUAUGAGCUGGGAUGUGAUGUGCUUCGCAAUGUGAUCGUUCAAGUAUAUUGCCAGAACUACUUCAAUAGAGCAGAUGCAUUUUAUGCAUUGUUGGGCCUGUUCAGAGUGGCUCAAGUCACUCUGAAAAGGUUUGUGCCAUCUGAGUUUGGCUCCGAUGUGGACCGCCUACACACUGUGGAUCCAGCGCCAUCACUGUACUCUGUGAAAGCCAACCUCCGGCGGCUGAUUGAGGCGGAGGGGAUACCUCACACCUACAUCAGCUGCAAUUGCUUUGCAGAGACCUACCUUCCAAGCAUUGGUGAUGUCACGGCCAUUGGUGCUGGUCCUCCGGCCACCAAGAUCACUGUCCUAGGAGACGGCAGUGCCAAAGGUAGCUAA